CCCGCUCGCGCACGCACGCACACACACCUAACUCCAGCUCUCCUCUCUCUCCCCCCCAACCCCCACCUCGAUUCGAAGCGGUGGUGGGGCGGCGGAGGCGGCUAGGGAGGGGGGAUCGGAUGGGCGCGGCGCCGGGGAGGUGGUAGAGACGGCGGGCGCCGAGCUGAGCUGGUGGGUGGAGGAGGAGGAGGGGGAGGGGCGGGGCGCGGCGGGGGGAUGGAGGAGAAGGUGUCGUCGCCGCUGAUCCCGCCGCCGUCGGAGAUCGACCUGGAGGCGGGCGGGGGCGAGGACCAGCUGCAGUGCCGGAUCUGCCUCGAGACCGACGGGAGGGACUUCAUCGCGCCGUGCAAAUGCAAGGGGACGUCCAAGUACGUGCACCGCGACUGCCUCGACCACUGGAGGGCGGUGAAGGAGGGAUUUGCAUUUUCUCAUUGUACCACCUGCAAGGCUCCAUAUUACUUGAGGGUUCAUUCCCACACUGACAGGAAAUGGCGAACACUGAAGUUUCGUUUCUUUGUUACUAGAGAUAUAUUAUUCAUCUUUGCUCUAGUUCAGAUGGUCAUCUCUGCAUUGGCAUAUUUGGUACAUUUUAUUGAUGGGUACCAGCAAUAUUGGUUGAGGACGGCCUGGGGUUUUGAUAAUGAAGUUAGUUUUUAUUAUAUAUGUGGUGCAUUAUUGUUUUUUGCUUUGUUGGGGUUAUCAGGAUGCUUCAUAACUUGUUAUGAUCGAAGAGUACGGAAUGAUUUGGCUCAGCCUUGUCGAGAACUAUGUCUUUGUUGCUGUCAGCCAGGGAUGUGUGCAGAUUGCCAUCUACCUGGCACACUUUGCAUGUGGACAGACUGCACGACCUGCUUUGAAGGUUGUGCAACUACAGCUGGCGAGUGUGGUGGUUGCUUGGGAGGCGCUGGGGAAGCUGGGCUACCUUUGCUCCUCAUCAUGGGGGUGAUUGUGCUCGGUCUUUUCACAGUUAUAGGCAUAUUCUACAGCGUCCUGGUAGCAACAAUGGUUGGCCAGCGGAUCUGGCAGCGGCACUACCACAUUCUCGCCAAACGAAUGCUAACCAAGGAAUAUGUUGUAGAGGAUGUCGAUGGCGAGCGCACAGAUUGGUGUCCGCCGCCACUCCCUGCAGAGCACAUCAACCAGCUGAAGUCGCUGGGGCUUCUAUAAUAGCUCACACCAUCAUGUCAAUGGCAGAUGAUGUUGACCUUAAGUUAGGACUCGGCUCGGCAUUACCCAGCUGUACAGGAGGCAAUACAAAGCAGGAAGUCAAGGCGUCCCUGGUUUCUGCAUGGAAAUGUGUGGAAAUAUUGUUCUCUCUUUUUUUUUUGUAUAUUGUAACGGGAAAAAUUCUGCCUGACAAAACCGCAAAUUUUUAUGGCAAUUGAAGGCUUACUUUACUGAAACA